AUGACCUUGCUGGUACAUGCUGUACUCCAGUGUUUUGUUGGGAAAAGCAGUGUCAGCCAGCGCAUGGGAAGGCGAGCAUGGCCUUGCCCUAGUGCUGUGAAGGGAAUGGACCUGGAACGGAGAAGCUCUGCAAUUACUGCCACUCCCUUGGGAAGCAAAGGUGUCAAUAAAUCAGAGAGAGCUGAAAACCAUCCUGUCGAUGAUAAUUCCAAUUGCUUCAAGUGCAAACAGGACACAAUCCUUGUAGAUUACCCUGAGCUGAGCCAGCCCUCUGCAGAAGAGCUGGCAGAAGGAAUGGAGGACAUGGAAGAUGAGGAGUAUCUGUGCAAUGAAACCCUGCUAUCUGAUCUCACCAUGGGAAGGGGCUGUCGUGAUUUAAUGCAGAAAAAGGAAGAGAUAACUGGCAUCAGUGAAGAGAAGAGGGACCUUCAUCACAGCCAAAGUGUUGAGGAGUGCUGCUGUUGUUACAAGAAUGAUGAUCCUGCUGUCAUAACAAAGAAUGCUGGAUUCCACUCUGAGCGCUGCAGAGAAGCAGAAGAGCCAGCCCAAGAGGACCCAUCUGUAGAGUCUGAAAAAGAAUAUGCAGCACUGGAAAAGCAAAAAGCCAGUGGUUUAGAUGAAACAGGCACAAAGAGAAACUGCAACAUGGAAGGACUUGAGAAAUAA